GGGCUGUGGCGGCCCCAGCGCGCAUGCGCGGCCAUGGUGGCGGCCUGUGCGCGGAUGGAGCCGCCGCCGCAUCCUCCGUCUCCCGCCGCCGCGCCGGACUCGGCCGAGCUGGUUUGCGCGCAGGGCCGCAACCUGAAGGCGGUGCUGUGCCAGCGCUGCGGCUCCCGGGUGCUGCUGCCCGGCGCCGCCACCUUCGCCCGCCGUGAGCUGCUCCUGCCCGCCAUGAGGAAGAAGGCGGCGGCGGCCGCGGGCGGCGGCGGCGGGGACGUGCUGCGGGAGCACUGGCUGGUGCGGGACAUGUUCUCCUUCGAGAACGUGGGCUUCACCCGCGACGUGGGCAACGUCAAGUUCCUGGUGUGCGCCGACUGCGAGGCGGGGCCCAUCGGCUGGCACUGCCUGGACGACAAGGACAGCUUCUACGUGGCGCUGGAGCGGGUGGCCCACGAGUGACAGCGACGCUGGGGCCGUGGGCCCGGGCACCUGCCUGGAGCUGGGCUCCAGCACCGCCAGCCCUGCAGCCCCACAGAGCCGGGCCCAGCAGACUGACCACGGCAUGGCCACCACACAGCCCCGCCAGCCACGGGCUGCCCCGCGCCCGCGGUCACAGCCCGCCCCACGUCAAGUGUCACAGCCCACCCCACGUCAAGUGUCACAGCCCACCCCACGUCAAGUGUCACAGCCCGCCCCAUGCCAAGUGUCACAGCCUGCCCCAUGCCAAGUGUCACAGCCUGCCCGCCCCACACGUACCCAACAUACAGCCCGGCACCGACCACAGCCCAGCUGGCCACCCCACAGAUCCACACCCUGACCGGCACCAAGACCCACGGCUGCGGCACAGCCACCUCCUCACCUGAGCCUGCGUGGGAAGGACGUCGUGGGCAGGAGGGCCCCUGUGACCUGCAGGGACAGCUCUCUGUGACAGUUUUGCCAAGUAGCUUGAUCUGGCUGCUCCCCGUCACUUCUCCCCUGUGUGGCUGCUGUUUUUCAGACAUGUUACGGUGUCAUCCAGGCUGGUUUGUGACACAACUGUGUAAAUAAGUGUGGGUGCUGGCAUGAGGGCUGCAUCGAACAAUCACAGCAGCUUAAAUUGCCCGAACUGCAGCCAAAGCACUUGCGGGGUUUAAGGCUGUAUCUUGUGAUGAUUUUCAGAAGAAAGGUUCCCUGCCCUAAACCUUAACAUUUAGGUUCUCUAAAACCUCAUCCUGACAAAUGUAGCGUGUAAGCGUAUGUGGCACUUAAACUGCGUGAAAAGCAUUUUAACUGAUGUUGAGUGCAGUUUUAUUAACUGAGUACUUGGAAAGUGCAAUUAGAGUUUGUGGACAACAUAGGCUGAUAGAGGGGCAAAUAAAGAUAAUGUGCAAGGUCGUCGUGUUUCCUGGCAACAAGAAUGAAGAGAUUCCAACCUGAAAAGGAUUUGAAUCAUUGGACAAGCAGUGUCCGGUGACUGUGUGUCAGUGCUGAAGAAUGUCAAAACAGCCGUGUGUGUAUGAAAUAGAAGUCGGGGAGGAAUUUCUCUUCUGUAAAAGCAGCUGGUAGGAGCAGUGCUGGGCUGUUGUGUCCAGUUUUGGUCUCUGCAUUUUAAAAGAUGGGCACAAAGCUGAUUGACACGGUUCUCACUGUAUGUCUUUUGGUGAUCGUGGUCCAGUUUGCAUUCUCCAUUUGUAACCCCUGUAUGAACAAUACAACAGCUUUGCAGCAAUCGCUUGGGCUCCUGGGACGGGCUGCGGGCGCUGUGUGACUGUGCUGUGCUAAUAAACACCUUGGGUACAAAGGCACAA